UUUCAGCAUCCCCACACAACACAGGGCUCACAGGCGACAGUGGCAUUACAUGUGUGUGUGUGUGUGUGUGUGUGGGAGAUUGAUCAUUAGACACCAUGACCAUUAGAAACCCUCUCCGGGAUCACGGACAGAGGUAUCGACCAAGGAUCGCUUGUCUCAAGAAGGCAGAGAAGGUGCUGCUGGAGAUGCAGGACCUCAAAACAGGAGUUAAGUCACAGCCCCAGAGACUGGUUAUUACAACAAUACCACAUGCUAUUACUGGGGAAGACAUAAUUUCGUGGUUAGCAGACAGAUUCCAAGUAGACACACAAGAGGCGAGGAGUUUUGGCUCAAUGCUGGUGGCGCUAGGAUACAUCUACCCUCUACAAGACCACAAACGCUUGGUGAUCAAACCAGAUGCGUCCCUCUAUCGCUUCCAGACACCGUACUUCUGGCCCACACAGCAGUGGCCUGUGGAGGAUACAGAUUAUGGUGAGUGUGACGGAAGUCGUUCACAUUUUAUCUCACAUCCUGUUACCAACACUUACACUUUCCCUUACACUAUUAAAGCAAUCUACCUGGCGAAAAGAAACAUACGCAAGAAGGGAAUCCUGGAGCUGCAUGAGCAGGAGCACUAUAACCGUCUUCACAAGUGGAUGAAUCAUAAAUGGGAUUUCAUAGUGAUGCAAGCUAAAGAACAGUACAGAGCUGCGAAGGAGAGGAAGAAACCGGACCGUGUGGUAUUUGACUGUCAGGAGAGAGCCUACUGGGUGGUUCAUAGACCUCCGCCAGGGACAGUGAGCGCCAUGGACUAUGGACUGGAUCGACUAAUAGAUCCCAACGCAGACGAGGCCAAAACACCCGACUUCUAUGCGAGAAUCAUGAUCUUUACUCAGCAGUCCAUCAUGAGGCCCAGAGUGAAGUCAUCGGUGUCAAUUGGCGCAUUGGUGAAGUACUGUGCCACCUAUAACAGCCAUGACCCUUUCCUCUCCAAGUGUCUUCCCAGCAACCCCUGGCUCACUGAUGAUGUCACGUACUGGACCUUAAACAUGCCCUAUGUGGAAAUGCCAACUAAAAUGCGCGUGGAGAGGUGGACGUUUAGCUUCGCGGAGCUGCUCUCAGACCCUCGAGGACGAAAUGAUUUCAGACUCUUCCUAAAGAAAGAAUUCAGUGGUGAGAACUUGGCAUUCUGGGAGAGUUGUGAAGAUCUGAAGUGGGGCGAAGCUGCAACGAUGAGUGAGAAAGCAGAGCAUAUCUACAAGACAUUCCUGGCACGUGGUGCACCGCGGUGGAUCAACAUCGACGGAAAGACGAUGGAAAUCACGGUGAAGGGCCUGAAACACCCACACAGAUACGUCCUGGACGCAGCCCAAACUCACAUCUACAUGCUCAUGAAGAAGGACUCGUAUGGCCGGUACCAGAAAUCUCCAGUGUUUAAGGAAACAGUGAAGAAGGCCAUCUGUCCUGAGGAGCACCAUUUCACGGAUGCCCAGUUGGAGCAAAAUGCAAAGAAGAGACGGCCCAGUCUCAGCCCCAUCAUCCUGCGGCAGAUGGAGCAGGAGCAGAGGGCCAAGAUGGCCGCCACUGUCGACAUCACACAGCUGUGCCGCUUCACCACUCCCGUCCCCCACCUCGCCGUCUACUCUGGCAUCACUGACUUCCCGUCUGCCAAUGCCUCGCCCUCUCUCCCCUUCCUGGCCCACUCCCCAGCUUGUCCAUCCCCCAUCAGCGUGGCCUUGGACAGCACGUCGGCCUCUGAGCGGCGUGUGGAGGCCGGUGAAGGGGAAGGCGAGGGGAACCCUGCGGCUCAGGCUGCGGCAGGUGGAAAUGUGUCCAAGUCUCGCAUGGCUUUGUCCCUGCACCGUCUGCUGAAGCGUGGCUGCACCCCCGCAACCAUGUUCGCCAGCUUAUCGCCCAAAUGCCACUCAGCUGCCGGGACAAGUAGCCGCAUUCAGCCAAUCAGCCCGGAUCAACCUAGCCAGGCUCCGCCAAGACGGAUUGGCAAUUUUUUCCAGAUUAAAGUGGAUAUUCCUCCAGAGUGCCGUAUCUACCCCAUAGAGUCUGAGGACGAGGACGAGGAGAACAGGGCUGCCUCUCGGGGAGGAGUAGGAGCCAAAGAGAUCAUCUGUCCCUGGGAGAGCCUCACUCCACAGAACGGGACGGGCUAAUCGGCUGCAUUUACGCAGGUAGAAAAAAAAAAGGUGGGGUUUUUAAAUCUGUGUCGCAUGUGUCUGUCUGAGCAGGCAGAUUUUUCCCAUGUUCUGACAGAGAUAAAAGAUCUCACGUAGAGCAUAAAAGGCGGAAAAUCCCUGUGUAAAUGUGGCCGCAUUCUCACCACUAGGCCACAACAUAAAUACCAAACAACAUGACACAACGGUCAAUCUGGGACACUGUAGAGAUGGCUGUUUAGACUGAGUACUUACUGUGUCCAUGUUUUAACUCCUUAAAGGAAACCUGCUGUAUGUUUAGAGCAUCAAACACACUGCCUGUAGGUCUGAAAGGGCCCACUUUUAUGUCUGCUGCAGUAUAAUCCUCUUUUCCACUGUCCACGCUCAGUAUUUUUUAAUACUCUCCCAAUUCCUCAAGUGCAACUCUUCUCCUCAAAGAAAUGUUUGGCAAGCCACCAAAAAAGGCUGUAAAGAUUUUUUGAAUAUUGAAUAUUCAAGACCAAUGAAUAAACCGAUGAAUAUUGUUUAUUCAUUUAACUGUUCGAUUAUAUUUUCUUUAAAUUGUGUUCCAGCUGAUUGGCUGUUUCAAAGCCUUCUUUACAGCCAGGAUUAUAAUUCUAAACCCGCUGUUAGUAAUUUGUAUGUAAUUUAAAUACAGAGGACAUGAUCUUGGUGUCUUUGGCACAGCAACAGAAGUUAUAUUCAACCAUAUUUUGGCACAUUUGGUGUUUGGAACGAACCUGCAUCUUAAAAGCCAACAGGCAGUUCACUGUAUUCCUUUAACUUUUGAAAGGAAUACACUGAACUGAAUUUAUUGACACGAGCCUUUAUUGAGGUGAGCACCAGCUGAGCCAGCUGUUUAGGUUGGAUGGCAGCUCAACUAGAGGACAACAGGGUGCACAAACAUCCAAGCCCUUUGGGAAACUGAGCUGUAGCUUUCACAUUCAAACCUCAUUCUGUAUUUAUUAACAAACAGUAGCCCGACAGCAGCCUUAUCCACCUUCACACACCUGAAAUAUUUUGUGUUUUUUGGCCUCAGAAGUGUCUACAAAGCAGGCAUGUACACAGACAUUCAGGGCCUCAAGAUAACAAAAACUACAAAUGAAAAGAAAUGCAUUAUUUUUGUGAUUGCCAAGGAGCUUAAAUAAAAGUUAGUAUCCAAAAAAUGCAUGUUUACAUCCUAGAGAGUGAUGAGCCAAAGCAGACAGACAUAUUUGGACUCUGCCUGUGCACAUGCCUGCUAAAAAAUAUAGAUUACGUAUUGAUAUAGUUAUUGAAUAAUGAUCAGUUUUCUGAAGUAGAGAAGUGUUCUUGUGCUGCUCAAUAGACUUACUGUAGAUGCCUCAUCCGCAAUUUACUUACCUCUUACACACAUUACGUGAAAAUGACUGAAGAGAUGCAGUUUUAGGUAAAAUAAGAGCACAGAGACAGCUUGUCUGCAUGUUGCUUUUUUUCUGAUCCGCUCCCGACAGAGAGUUACUGUAACGUGGGGUCGGGUGAUAGUUUUGUAUUUAGGUCCACUGGUGUUUUGUAGCUGCCGUAUUAUACUGUGCACUACUCUGAGCAAGGUCUUGGUAUAUUUCUUACGUCUCUCUCCGUUGGGGGUGGGGGGGAGACACAGUACGGUCAGAAUGUAUUAUCUUUACCAUGUUUACAGAUGCAAGAAUGUGAAAAAUACCUUGAAUUUAUUGUGUUUGAUUUGUACAUUCCAUGGCUUGUGUCAAGUGCCUCAAUAAAUGACUGUCUUAACAAA